AAUUUGGUAGUUGAAAAACAUUAAAAGCAAAGUUGAUUUUGAAGCAACCCUCAUAAUUUUCAACUGGUUGAUUGCUCAAUCUUCAUAAUUAGAAUCUUCGGUUGCUUAGUUUCUCGCUACUAUUCUUACACACAAUUGCCAUAAAAAUCAUCAAUAGAUCGAUUUUACCAUUGCAUUAUACACAUCUUUUCAAAUCAUUUACUAAAUUCUUGAAUGUGGUUUUGAAUGUUUCUGAAAUUGUAUCAAAACCAGCUGCCGCCGCCGUCGACUUGCGCCAACUCCUCCACGAGAGUUUAGUUUAAGCUUCAUUUUGGAGGAAAAUUGCAGAGCUAAGCAAUUUCAUUUCAACAAUCGUAUUCUGAGCUGAUAAUUUGGGUAUGGCGGCUUAUGGUGCGGCGAUUUCUCUCAAGAAUACGAUUCAGCGUAUUCUACAAUCGUCUCGCAUUUCUCUCAUUUCCCACUCUCCACAAAUCUUACAGCUUGUCUACGACCAGAUGGAUUACUUGCAGAGAGUUCUGCGGUUAUUGGACAAGACCAGCUGCAGCAAGAUCAGGACGGAGGUGAAUGCUUUGGAUGAACUCAUAAAAGAGGCUGUUUGGGAAUUCGAAGAUUUACUCGAAUCCCAUCUCUUACAUCAGAUUCUUCCACAACUCGAAAGCGAGAGAGACAACUUGUCUUUCUCUGUAGAUCUACAGAGUCUGCAACACCAUGUUGAUUGCUUCAUCGAGAUGGUGAAGAUGAUGGAGGUGGAGUACUUCAUUGAAAUGGAGAAUAUGCCUGAAGAAGAAGGCGAGCCUAUUUCCUCAAGAAUUGAUUCUGGUGGAAUGAUCAAGUCUAAGAUGGUAAUGACUAUUCGAUUAUCUGAUGAAUUUCAAAAACUCAUAGAUUAUCUUCUUGAAGGUAAUAACUACUAUUCGAUUGUUGGGAUGGCUGGCGUUGGAAAGACAACUCUUGCUAAACAUAUUUUUGAAGAUCCAUCAAUUCGGAGCCAUUUUGAGUUCCGAGCAUGGGUCAAAGUGGGCAGAAAAUGCGAACCCAAUGAACUAUUACGCUGCGUUCUUGCUCAAGUGGAUCCCAACGCUUACCAAAUGCUUGCCCAAGGAGAUGAUGGUGAGGAGGAGGAAUUAGUUGGACUAUUGAAAGAAAAAUUAUUGCAGGAUAAGAAAUGUCUCAUCGUGUUGGAUGAUGUUUGGGAGGUACAAGCCAUAAGACACAUGAUAAAUUGCUUGCAAGAAAAUAAUAUAGUUGGAAGGAUUGGAUACAUACUUACAAGUAGACAAGCUAUAAAAUUCACGCAGCAUAGGGGCAUAAGAAUGAGCUUGUUGAAUGAAGAAGAUAGUAAGAAAUUACUUGGUGAGAAGGUGUUUGGUGAGAAGGUGUUUAGUGAAGAAGGUUUCCCUCUCCAACUUGAGGAACUGGGAGAGAAGAUUGCCAAGAAAUGUGAAGGUCUUCCUCUUAUGAUAGUCAAGGUUGCAGAGCUCCUAUCAAAAGCCGACAAGACCCCAGAAUAUUGGACUGAGGUACUCAAACAACAUAGUUCACUCUUUGUGGAAGCAUAUAAUCAAAUAUCAGAGGUACUUUUCCCAAGCUAUGACUACUUACCCCAACAUUUUAAAAUGCCUUUUCUCUAUAUGGGAGCUUUCCCUCCUUAUGCUGAUCAAAGACCAUUCGAUAUCAUUCAUCUGUUGAGUGCUGAGGGCUUUCUUGAACUGAAUUUUGAAAAAAGUUUUGAAGGUUUCUGGGAAAAGCUUUCUGAGUCGUAUCAUCUUCUUCUCGACACAAAAAUUUCGUGGUUUUCAGAGAGAAAGUAUCGCGUGCAUUCUUGUUGGCAGCACUUAUGUAAGGUAGAAGCUAGUAGGAUCAAGUUUCUACAUGUCUUACGAGGUUGUGAUGAUGUUAUUAAAGACCAGCGUCGCAUGUGUGCCCAUUACAACAACUUAUUCUGCUUCAAACAAGUGUGUGAUUUAAUAAAAAGUGAUUGUGCAUCCACUGCCCGUUCUCUCCUUUGUCAUGGUCUCGAUCACCCUUAUCCAAUCCCAAUACAUGCCAUGGGUUUUAAGUUGCUCAGGGUGCUAGCUGCUUUUGGAGUUCGAUUUUAUGAUAUCCCAAUUGAAAUUUUGAAACUUGUUUGUCUGCGUUACCUUUCCCUAAAAUGCAACGGGGAGCUCCCUCCUUCCAUAUCCAACCUUUUUCACCUUCAAUUCUUGAUUAUCAAUCCAUAUAUAUACAUUAAAAAGCGUGGAGUUCAGCCUUAUAUGCCUGUGCAAAUUUGGGACAUGCAAGAACUAGAACAUCUUGAGAUUUGGGGAAGGGACAUACCAACCCCUAAUACUGAUGAUGCUGCCUUGAACAAACUCAUGACACUUAAUUGUGUGAGUGCAAACAGUUUUACAAGGGAAGUUCUCAAAAGAAUUCCUAAUUUAAAGAGAUUAAUGAUUGAAGUGGAGUUGAAGCCUUAUGAUGAUGAUGAUGAUGAUGAUGAAAGAAACCCAUUGAGUUGCUUGGGUUAUAUCUCCCAACUCCAGAAUCUAGAGAAACUCUCAUAUUGGGUUAAUAAUCCCGAGAUAAAGUAUGAGUGUAAUACGAUUCCUCUUUCAAUGUUUCCAUCAAGUCUCACAGUGUUAUUGUUGUCUGGGUUAGGGGGGUAUCCUUGGAAUUACAUGAAUGAUAUUGGUUCGCUGCUGCCAAAUCUCGAGAUUCUCAUGUUAUAUCAAUAUGCAUUCCGAGGCCCAGAAUGGGACAUAACACCGGGGAGUUUUUUGAAACUUAUUGAACUUCAAAUUGAAGACACCGAUAUGGUGCGAUGGAGACCUCAACAUGGAAGCUUCCCGGAGCUUCGUAGACUAAGCAUGCAACAUUGCUACAAAUUACAACAGCUCGAUUGGCCGUAUGACCACUCUUCCAUAGAGAUCAUUCACUUACGCGAGUGCAAUCCUUUAGCUGUCGCUUGUGCCAAUGAAUUAAAAGACAAGUUUUCCUUUGACCUUUUCGUCGAAUCUUCUUUUUGAGGUCAAGUGAGUGUGCAACUUGCCUAACAGGCAAAUCAAAGAGCCGAUCGAAGGAUUUUGUCGAUGAUUAUGAAACCUGAGUGCUGAAUUGUGUUUGUAACCAUAAUUGUUUGAAAGUUGGAUUAGUGUGAAAACAUGUUUUACAAGUGAAGGGUACGUCGUCGUUUUGCAGUUCAGCCUAGCUUAUGUUGCUUCUGAAUGGAGAGUUGCUUCCCCUGCCGUAGGUGAGUCUCUAACUGCUCUCUGCGUUGGAUUUUUUAGUUUAAGAAUUACUGCUUCACAAAAUAUUCGAAUCAAAAUACUAUAGAAAUAUUUUUUGAUAUAUAGCUUAAAAUUUUAAGAUUAUGGCAAUAUACUAAUUAAUUUUUGGCUUCA